CGGCUGGCGGCCUCCUGUAUGUGCCCCGCCAGCCAGGCAUUGAGCCCGCAACCUGGGAUAUGAACUUUGAGGACGUGGCCAUCAUCUUCUCCCAGGAGGAGUGGGGGCUCCUUGAUGAGGCUCAGAGACUUCUGUACUGGGAUCUGAUGCUGGAAAUCUUUGCACUUGUAGCAUCCGUGGGUUGUUGGCAUAAAACAGAAGAUGAUGAGACCCUUUCUAAGCAGAGUGUAUCUGUUGAAGGAGAGUCACAGGUCCAGGCUUCUAAGACAGCUCCAGCAACACAGAAGACCAAUCCCUGUGAAUGGUAUGUCUCAGACUUGAAAGAUAUUUUGCACCUGACUGAGUUCCAAGCAGCAAACUGUGAAUCAUUCUUCAGUGACGCAUGUGUGAGACACUUCAGUUUCGGUGCAAACCCUCACCAGCAACAGAGGCAUACCAGUGGAGAGAAGCUCUGGAAAGGAGUCAUGGACGGGGCCUCGUUUGUGACCAGGAGCAGCUUCCCUGUAUCAGGAUUGCCUUUCACCUAUGGGAAAGUUGGGGAGGACUUUCCAGCCAUCUCAGGCUUUCAUCAGCACCAGGCCACUUUUAAGACUGAAGAGUCACACAAUUAUAGUGAUAGUUGGCAGGCCUUUCAUGGUGGAAAAAGUAAUCUCCAGUUAGGUGAUUGUGGAAAACCUGCCAGCCAAAACCAGAAACUUGUUCAGUGUCAAAGUGUCUGUUCUAAAGAAGGGCUUUAUGAGUGUAGCAAGUGUGAAAAAGCCUUUAGACAAAUCUUUAACCUUAUUCAACAAAGAACAGUUGACACUGAAGAGAUAUCUUACGAGUGUAGUGGAUAUGGGAAGUCCUUUAGUGAAAACUCUGGCCGAAUUGAACAGCAGAGAGGUCACACUGAAGAAAAGCCGUAUGAGUACAGUGUUGGUGGGAAAUGCUUUAAACAAUACACGAAUCUUAUUCAACACCAUCAACUUUAUUCUGAAAAAAAUACUUUUGAGUGUGGUGAAUGUGGGAAAUCUUUUAGCUGCAAAUCUUACAUCCUUAGACACCAGAGAGUUCACACUGGAGAAAAGCCUUAUGAGUGCACUGACUGUGGGAAGUGUUUUAGUCAAAGCUCUGCCCUCUGUAAACACCAAAGAAUUCACACUGGUGAAAAGCCAUUUGAGUGUAGUGAUUGUGGGAAAUGCUUUAGCUACAAAUCUAUCCUCGUUAAUCACCAGAGAAUUCAUACUGGAGAAAAGCCAUAUGAGUGUAGUGAAUGUAGGAAAUCAUUUAGACGACACUGCCACCUUAUUCAACACAGUCGACUUCAUUCUGGAAAAACUCCUUUUGAGUGUGGUGAAUGUGGGAAAUUUUGUAGUUGCAAAUCUGAACUCCUUAGACACCAGAGAGUUCACACUGGAGAAAAGCCAUUUGAGUGUAGUGAUUGUGGAAAGUCCUUUGGCCAAAGUUCUGCCCUCUUUAAACACCAGAGGAUUCACACUGGUGAAAAGCCAUAUGAGUGUAGUGAUUGUAAGAAAUGCUUUAGUUACAAAUCUAUCCUCAUUAAUCACCAGAGAAUUCAUACUGGAGAAAAGCCAUAUGAGUGUAGUGAAUGUAGGAAAUCAUUUAGACGACACUGCCACCUUAUUCAGCACAGUCGACUUCAUUCUGGAAAAACUCCUUUUGAAUGUGGUGAAUGCGGGAAGUUUUGUAGUUACAAAUCUGAACUCCUUAGACACCAGAGAGUUCACACUGGAGAAAAGCCAUUCAAGUGCAGUGAUUGUGGAAAGUUCUUUAGCCAAAGCUCUGCCCUCUUUAAACACCAGAGACUUCACUCUGGAGAGAAGCCAUAUGAGUGUAGUGAUUGUGGGAAAUGCUUUAGCUACAAAUCUACCCUCAUUAAUCACCAGAGAAUUCAUACUGAAGAAAAGCCAUUUGAGUGUAGUAAAUGUAGGAAAUCCUUUAGACAACUCUCCCACCUUAUUCAACACAGUCGAGUUCAUUCUGAAGAAAAGCCUUGUGAGUGGGGCAAGUCUGGGAAAUCCUUUAGCAAUACCUCUAGCUUCGUUCAACAUCUGAGUGUUCACACUAGAGAAAGAUCUUAUGUGUGUAGUGAAUGUGGAAAAUCUUUUGGCUGCAAAUCUGACCUUUUUAGACACCAGAGAGUUCACACUGGAGAAAAGCCCUAUGAGUGUAGUGAUUGUGGGAAGUCCUUUAGCCAAAACUCUACCCUCAUUCAACACCAGAGAGUUCAUACUGGAGAAAAACCUUAUGAAUGUAGUGAUUGUGGGAAGUCCUUUAGCCAAAGCUCUGCCCGCUCUCAACACCAGAGAGUUCACACUGGAGAAAAGCCAUAUGAGUGUAGUGAUUGUGGGAAAUGCUUUAGCAACAAAUCUAUCUUCGUUAAUCACCAGAGAAUUCAUACGGGGGAAAAACCUUAUGAGUGUAUUAAAUGUAGGAAAUCAUUUAGACAAUGCUCCCACCUUAUUCAGCACAGUCGAGUUCAUUCUAAAGAAAAGACUUUGAGGGGUAAAUCUGGGAAAUCCUUUAGAGAUACCUCCUUCAACACCUGAGUGUUGACACUAAAGAAAGACCUUAUGGGUGUAGUGAAUGUGGGAAUCUUUUAGCUACAUAUCUCACCUCAUUCAACACUAGAGAGUUCCUCCUGGAGAAAAGCCAUAUAUAGAUAUUUAGAGAGGUCCUACACCUGAAACUCGGCUCAUUGAACACCAGAGAGAACACACUGGAGAAAAGCCAAAUGACUGCAGUGUUUGUGGGAAAGGCUUUAGGUAGAAAUCUAACCUUUUAUUCACCAGAGAAUUCAUACUGGAGAAAAGCCUUACAAAUAUAGUGAAGGUGGGAAAUCCUUUAGAGAAAACUACUGCCUUGUUAACAUCGAGCUCAUUCUGGCAAAGAGCCAUAUGAGUGUGGCAAAUGUGGAAAAUGUUUUAACCAGAGGUCUGGUUUUUCUCAACACUAGAGGUUUUACACUGGAGAAAGACCUUAUGAGUGUAGUGAACAUGGGGAAUAUUUUCGCUGCAUAUCCCACCUUAAACACCAGAGAAUUCACAGUGGAGAAAAUCUUUAAAUGUGCUAAGGAUGUUUUAUUUCCUCACUCAGUAUAUUAACACUGGAGGAAACUCUUUGCCAACUAUUUACCUGAAUUUAAACAUUUUUUAGUUGAACAUACACUGUUUUAGAUUUCUCAUGAGUUUCAGGUACAAGUGCAUCUUUAAUGAGCUGCAUUGUACUUUCUGUCCUGCCCAGGGCUAUUACCAGAUGUCAGUUUUUGUGGCUAAAGCUAUUUCACCUCUACUCCUGGCACUGUACACUGCACAGUGUUUAUCACUGAACUGCAGAGUGCUCAGGGAAGCUGACCUCUGUAACUUCUUUUGCUUGAAGAAAUUAUGAAUACUCUGAGCUUUUGGCAGAAUUCCUUUCACUCUGACUAGAGAAUGGACCAGACAGUGUUAGUCCAGAGGACCUGUCCUCAGCUAAUAAAGACUACCUCUUUGAACCAAGCUACCUGGCAAGGGUUGUUUGUAUGGCUUUUAUUAGAUGUGUGUUUUAAGUCUGUUGGUCUAUGUAUACCACUUAUAUCUGUGUUCACUGAAAAAUGGUUUAUUAGUGCUAAUGUUUUAUAUAGUUGGUUCAAUAUUUCUCAUGUAAUGUAAAAUCUUGGGUUGCCCCUCAGUAACCCAAAUGUCUACAAAACAGAUGUGUAUAAAUUGUACUUCCUGCUACUUUGACUUCGCAUUAGACCUCUCUAACUUUUGUCAGAUAAAUAGAACAUUAACCUUUCACAAUUAUAACUUUAGCAGUUCACGAA